AGGACAACUCAUAUCUCCCAGGACCACGAUCCAGAGGUCGAGAAUCUGACGUCUUAUUCCCGCCGUCGACGGCGCAAGUCGAGGCGCAGGACAAUGGGCAUGGAGCGUCCUGAGUAUAUUGUCAGAGGGAAUGAUCCAUUUGACUACGAACAGAAAUUCCCAGAGGAUAAACAGUACGAGGAGCUGGGCCCAACAGCUAGGGUGUGGAGAACAUACCUCGAAGAAUGUGCUCCAUUUGAUAGCGAGAUGGUGGAAGGGUGGAGAGAUGGGUUAGACGUUCUCCUCGUCUUCGCUGGUCUUUUCUCAGCGGUUGUUACAACAUUUGUUGCUCAGACGUCACAGAGCCUCCAAGUCGAUUACGGCAAGGUCACUACUUUACUUUUAAUUGAGCUCAUCAAUGUCCAACGCUCGGCAUCGAACGGUUCCCUCGUAAACGAUGUCCCUCGCUCAGACCUCGCUUUUCGUCCCUCAACGUCCGACUCGUGGGUCAAUGGCUUGUGGUUCACCAGUCUCUCACUGAGUCUCGCUACUGCGCUGUUCGCUGUCUUGACAAAACAGUGGAUCCACCAGUACAUGUCCGUGCCUUCAGGAACACCACGGGACAGAUGCCGUGUGCGCCAUUUCCGGUACAUGGGUCUGCAGCAAUGGGGUGUAGCCUUCAUUAUUGGACUCCUUCCUGUCCUGAUGAGCAUAUCGCUUGCUGUAUUCCUUGUGGGAUUGGUUCUUUUUAUCAUCCCCUUGCGGGUGUCUAUUGCCAGUGUCGUUGGAGCAAUCACGUUUAUAU